ACUUAGUGCAUUUGAAUACAAUUUACAAAAAAACAUUAUAGAUUUUAAAGGUAAAAUGUAAAAUUAACAAAAAAAAUAUAUAAAAGAAUAUUUAUUGGUAUCAUUUUAUGUAUAAAUAAUUUGUGUAUGAUUGUAAUCUCAAACUAUUUUGUUAAAGAUAUAGUCAAGGAAUUUAUAAAACAAAGUAAAGAAAUUGAAGAUUAUAAAAGAGAAUUAUUCAGACAAAAGGAGGUCUGUCUUAGUAACUCCUGUAGUAGUGCGGAAGCAUUGAAAAAAACUAUUGAAUCAAAGGAUCACAUUAUCCAACUAGUUGGUAAGCAAACUUUAAUAGAGUUGAAACAAUUUCUUACAUUGCCUUAAGAUAUUUGACCAUAAUAAUGUAAAUUAUUAUUAAUUUUUAUCCUUUUUAUAUUUAGCAUCAGCAUUAUCAAGACUAUAUGAAACAAAAAAUUUAAACAUUGUCAAUGAAGCACUAAAAAUAAUAUGUGGAGACACAUCAAUUGCUGUAAAAAGAGAAAAGUCACUAGAAGUAUCAAUGGAUAAAAUUAUAAAUAUUGAAAAGGAGGAAUGUAGUCCAAAAAAGGAGCUUUAUGACUCUAUUCCAGAUAUUUCAUUAAAUGAUGAAUCAAUGUCAGAAAUUGAUGGCACACCUGGUCGCACUAGCCCAAUAAUACACUCUAAAAAGCUACGCAAUGGAUUCACAAAUCAGUCCUCAGAUCAAAGAGAUAAGAAGAAAUGUCCAGAAAAUUGGCCAACACCAGAAAAUAAAGCAUUGAAGUUAAUUUUUACAACACCUAGCAAAGCCAAGAGUAAAGGAAAGGGAAAGCUUAGACAAUCACGGUUGAAUGUUGUGGAUCUUACAAUGGACAAAUUUGUUGACCUUACUUCUUCACCAGAACUCAUGUGCAGGGAUUCGCAAUGCGAUAGCAAGGUAAGUACAGAAUAUGGAGUGCUGUCUUGCUGAAAAUCUUUAAUCUCAGUAUUUACUAUGUUUUAAAAGUUUAAUGUUACAAGAUUAUUUUAGGAAAAUUUUGCAAAUCCACCAAUAGGGGUUUUUUUUUUCUUUUAUUUUUAUUUGCGAUCAGUCUAUUGACUAUAAGCAGAUGUGAUGUGAGCGUUUUUAUCUUGUAGGAACAAUACUCCAUUGAGUAUCGCUCCAUUCUUUGUUUUCUAUCAUUUCAAGAUCAAAGUGAUAAUUCAAUGAUGUGUUGUCGAUUAAGCCUCUUGGGGUAGUUGACGCUGGUCAAUUGUACUGCCAGGCAAUUUGGAUGAGUAAGAAGGCGCUCUUUGUAUUUGGCCGAGUAUUGCCUUAUUUCGUCCUUGACUGUGCAAACUCCAAGUUCAUUAUGGAGUUCAGUUGUUUUUAUGAACCAUGGCGCAUUAGAUAGAUUUCUUAAGAUGCUAUUUUGUGCUCUUUGAAUAAUUUCUAUACUGGAGUUACAGGCUGAUCCCCACAGCUGAAUACCAUAUGUCCAAAUUGGUUUUAAGACAACCUUGUAAAUAAGGAGUUUGUUAUCAAUGCUCAGCACAGAGUUUCG